UGGCCAUCUCUGUUUUAACUUCAAAACCUUCUUUAAGAUUUACAAUGUCAUUGGCCAACGAAUGUUUCCACCUGCCUGAAGCAAUCGCUAGAACUAGAGCAUCACUGGAACUAGAGCCACUGGAACUAGAGCCACUGGAACUAGAGCCACUGGAACUAGAGCCACUGGAACUAGAGCCACUGGAACUAGAGCCACUGGAACUAGAGCACCACUAGACCAGAAGGUGCUGGUCAGAGCAUGGUGGUUCCAUAACGCCGUUCCAUCGCUGACUCCACACAUUGUGUACUGUUAGCUCUUGUCCCGCUGGUUGAGCUUGUCGCUCAACACCAAAUUAAAACUGUCUAUAUCCUUCAAGUGGUUCAAACUGCUCAAGUGGCUGGUCAUAAGCUUCUUGUGGUUCUUGAGUAGUUCGUCCAUCGGUUCGUUCAACCGCUUGAGACUUUCGGUUAGUAACCUGUAUGGGUCUUCUACCAUGUU